AUGAUGGUAAAAUGUAUGUAAGUGAUUAUUUAAAUAUACCUUGUGAUCAAAAGUUUCGAAUUAUUUCUUUAAGCUUUGCUUUACCUAUGCUUCUUGCAAUUUCUUCUUUAUUUAUCAUAAUAUUUUUAUUCCUAAGAAUUAACUUAUAAAGCUUGUAAAAAUAUAAAUAUUAUAAACAUUUUGGAUUCUUCUACAGAUAAUACACCGAGGAUUGCUUUUAUUGGGAUCUAGUAAUUUUAGUAUAAAAAUGCUCAAUAAUUGCAAUAACUUAGUUAGCCAAAAAUAAUUAAAAUAUAAAGCAAAUAAUAUUAUGCAUCAUUUUAACUAUCUAUACAAUAAUAACAAAAAAAAAUAAGCCAUUUUAUGACUAAAGAAUAAAUAUGUUAGAUUUCUUCAUAUCUUACCUGCUGA